AAGGAAGAAAUCAACAUGUCCGGACAGUCAAAACAGAACACUCUCGCAUCCUGCUGGGCUCCUUCUCUGGGCGAGGUUCUACCGAUGGUCGCUCGUAGGAGAAGAUCGAGGCAGCUAGCCUCCAUCGCUGAGCAGAAGGCCAGCAUCAAGAACUCAGCUAGCGUGCACAAGACCAGCAUCGAGAGCUCAGCUAGUUCCUCCGUCAAUCCCAGUGAAGGGGAACAGGAAAUGGAUAGCGUGCACAAGACCAGCAUCGAGAGCUCAGCUAGUUCCUCCGUCAAUCCCAGUGAAGGGGAACAGGAAAUGGACGAACGCCCGUCCUCUUCCUCCGUUCAAAAACGUCACUGCAGGCACACCCGCCAACGAAGCUCUGCUGAUACAGGUGAAGAGGAGCUGGAGAUGGACGGACCUCCGGCCCGCCUUGAAGAACUUGAAUGUGAUUGCGGCAUGAACAAAAGCCAUGA